AUGGACGGCGGCGUCGGACUGAGCGGAGACGCGAGCGGCAGCCACCGGAGGUUGCUGAUGGAGCCGGAGAACUUGUGCAAGCACCACAAGCACCAUCCCAGAGACAACCAGUGUAGCUCCGUCGUUGUCGACCACAUCAGGGUCCCCGUCCACGUCGUGAGUGUCCUCCUGAAACCCUGCCGUUCGCCUCACUGGUUUAGGUAUCUGAUCUGUCGGUCGGAGGUUGAAAAUCGAUGAUCGUUCGUUCCAGUUCCUUUGGCCCUCUUGCAAAGGGAGAAGCCCCAGUAGCCUCGCUGAUUUUUUUGGGAUGGCGAUUCCGCGGCCGUUCCUAAGCCAUCACUCAUAUCACUACAUGGAAAAUUAAGGGAUCUUUAGUACCUCCUGAUGGUAGAUGUUGACCGAAGUUGUUUCCCCCCCUGUUCCUUGGAGUAGGUGCUUCGAGCCUCUCUCAGAUAUGUCUACUCGUCAGGGAUUGCUUGUGACAGAGAUUUAACUAACAAUUGGUCAGAAUACUCCGGUGUUCUUCACGAAACAUUUCUUCCUUUGUUUGCGGGUGGCAGCAGGUGUGGUCUCUGGUGAGGAGAUUCGACCAACCUCAGAAGUACAAGCCCUUCGUGAGUAGAUGUGUGGUGCGGGGUGACCUCGAGAUCGGCAGCGUGAGGGAGAUCAACGUGAAAUCCGGCCUUCCCGCUACCACCAGCACGGAGCGACUCGAACUACUUGACGACGACGAGCAUGUUCUCGGCAUCAGGAUCUUAGGCGGCGACCACCGCCUCCAGGUCCGUGACAUACAUUCCGAUCUCGCUUUGCUCCAUUCCACAUCUGCAAAUCAACACCAGAUCUCGAUUCGUAGAUGACAUUAAAAAUUCUAGAACAAGAACAAAAACCUCACCCGGCCAUUUCACGUCUCUACUCGAUCUCUUCUUCUCCCCGUGCACCGCAGAACUACUCGUCGGUCGUGACUCUCCAUCCGGAGAUCAUCGAGGGGCGGCCUGGGACGACCGUCGUCGAAUCCUUCGUGGUAGAUGUCCCGGACGGGAACACCAAGGACGAGACCUGCUUCUUCGUGGAGGCCGUGAUCAAGUGCAACCUCAAGUCCCUUGCCGAUGUCUGCGAGCGCCUCCACGCGCAGCAGGGGACAUAG